ACAGGAUAGACCUGUCGGCGGUGAUCAGCUACCGAUGGAGUGAUGAGACUAUGUAUAAGAAGAUGUCUCCGGAUGCCCAAGCGCCACGUUGCUACAAGAUUCGCCUCCUGGACAACGAGGGCUUCGACUGGACCGUGACGAUGGUGGAGCCGAUGCUCGAGGGGAUGGUGCAGGCACUGGAUGGCAGGAGCCAAGAAUAUGUCUGGAUGGACCAGUUCUCGAUACCUCAGGAACGCGCUGAUCCCGCGCAUGAUUGGCCUCUUUUCUUCCGGGGGCAUCGUCGUGGCGUUCAACAACACAGGGGACUCAAGGAUCUUGGAGCAAGAUUGGUAUGAGAGGCGCUUGUGGUGUGUGCAGGAGUACUCGUUUCCAGAGAGCAUCGUCAUCCAAGACAUCAGCAACCGAGGAGGGGGAGGGCGCGAGGAGGAGAUCUCGAUGAAACGCAAGAGGUUCAACCAGCUCUGGUUCAGAUUGACCGAGCGCAUCCGCUCCAGCCAAGUCGUGGACGAGCGGGAGGAGGGCAAGGCGCUGAAGAUCCUGCUCGAUUGGGACCACACCUCCAGCAACUUCCCUGGAGACGUCCAGCUGAGGGUGUCAAAGAUUGGAGCUGAAGACUACCUCGCCAACGCCAGGAAGCUAAGCGCGUCGAAUCGCAACGACGUGCUGCCGGCACUGGCACAGGCUUGGUUUGGGAUCAUCAUGACUAGAGAAGAGACAAAAUUACAGCUGGUAGUUUCCAUCAUCCGCGCCUUCUUCGAGACGAGCGGAGAGCUUCUUCUCGACGUCAUCUUGAACCAAGAGGCUGCUGCUGGCGUGCUGCCUUCCUCCGGAACCAUGUGCGUCGAUCGCAUGCUCGCGGAUUUUCCCGCGGGCCUGGAGAAAGGGGAGGCGCAGCGUGUGCAGAUCUUGGGUGUGCAAACGACACAGGAGAGGCAGGACGGGCAGGCAGACUUGCAUGUGUUCACUGGAAGACUUGUGUCGCCUGCUGGGUUUGAGGAGUGGAGGACAAGCUUGCAGUGCAUCAGGGAGGCGACGAGCGUGGAGGAAGGCGGGAAAAAGUUCCGCUUGCUAAAGAUGACGGUCAGUGCGCAACACCCAUCGGAGCCUCGGAUAGGAGCAGAGGAGCUAAAUACAGUAGAAUUACAUGAGUUCGAAUGUUUGUAACAACCAGCCUUCCUAUC